UGUACCACCAAGUACCAAGAAAACUCACCAAUAGAUUAUAGUUACUGUAAUUUUUUUCCCAUAAACUACUACCACUACCAUCUUUCUCUGUCAUCUUUUUUUUUUCCAUAGGUUAUUUCCUUCUCCUACCGUAUUUAAUCCAUCGUCACCAAACAAGACCUUAAUUUCUCAAUUCGCGCGUCAAAACCCCUUCCUUCCAUACAUAAGAAUGGGACGAAUUCCGUGCUGCGAGAAGGAGAACGUGAAGAGAGGGCAAUGGACUCCCGAGGAAGAUCACAAGCUCUCUUCUUACAUUGCCCAGCACGGGACACGUAACUGGCGUCUCAUUCCCAAACACGCCGGUUUGCAGAGAUGCGGGAAGAGCUGCAGGCUACGUUGGACGAACUACCUCCGACCAGACCUUAAGCACGGCCAAUUCUCAGAUGCAGAAGAACAAACUAUCGUCACUCUACACUCUGUUCUUGGAAACCGAUGGUCGGUGAUAGCGGCACAGCUGCCGGGGCGAACAGACAACGAUGUGAAGAAUCACUGGAACACGAAGCUGAGAAAGAAGCUGUCGGGGAUGGGAAUCGACCCUGUGACGCACAAGCCCUUUUCUCACCUGAUAACAGAGAUUGCCAACACGCUAGCGCCACCGCAAGUCCCUCAUCUGGCGGAGGCGGCGCUGGGGUGCUUCAAGGAUGAGAUGUUGCACCUUCUAACCAAGAAGCGCAUUGGGUUCCAGCUCCACCCGCCCACCGCCGCCGCCCCGCCGGUCAAGCACGGAGACAAAGACGAAACCAUUGAGAAGAUCAGAUACGGGCUGUCGAUGGCGAUGAAGGAGCCGGCCUCGAAUUACAAGCCUUGGGAUCUCGCCGGCGGCGAGACUUCCGCCACGAUGCCGGAUGCCGGCGGUGGUUUUCUGUUGACCGCCGGUCAUCACCAGUACGGCGGCCUUCUCAUGCAAGACGCCGAGGAGGGGUCGCCCUGGAGCCAGAGCAUGUGCACGGGAAGCACGUGCACGCCGGGGGAACAUCAUAUGCGGCUGCCGGAGAAAGCCGUGGACGAUGAAAACGGAGCGUGUUCGGAUGGCGGAGAGGGGGCGGCAGCAGAAGCGCCGCCGCCUGGAAUUUUCCACUCUGACUGUGUGUUGUGGGAUAUUUCUUCUGAAGAUCUCAUGAACCGGAUGGUUUGAGGAGUGGGAUCAGAUCAGAAAAUAAGCCAUUAUAUUCUUGUAGCAAUUUAUUUGCUAUUCUUCAUAAAUAUCAUAUUUUCAAAUGCUCACUCAAUAAAUACAAGUCAUCAAAUGGAUGCAGAAAUAUAUGUCCUUACCUUCACGAGCAUCAUAUUUUCCAAAUAAAAUAUAUUUGGUGUCAAUAGAUUGUUGUGAUUAUG